ACCCAGGUGGGGUGGGGGCGAGGUUUUUAAAAGAACAAAACAAAGAAGGAAGAGGAAUGAGAUGAGUAUCCUCGUUCUAAUUGGUAGAAGAAGAUGAGAGGUGUGCUUCUUGUAUGGAAUCAACCGCGCUUCCACACACUCUCUCUCCCCUCUCUCUCAUUAUCUCUCCACCGAACCACACCCUUCACGCUCUCAGUUUCUGCUUCUGCUGAUACCCAACAACUAAGCGCCAGAGAGAGAAGGAAGCAGAGGAGCGAGAGAAGAGAGAGCACAAAUUGGAGAGAACAGGUUGAAGAGAGGCUCAUAAAGAAACCCAAGAAGGAGAAAGUUUCAUGGAUGGAUGAACUCAACCUCGACAACCUCGCCAAGUUGGGUCCUCAAUGGUGGGUCGUUCGCGUUUCACGGGCUAAUGGACACGACACUGCUCAACUACUCGCUCGCUCACUCGCUAACCACUACCCCGAUAUCGAGUUUAAGGUUUUUGCUCCAGCUGUGAAUGUGAAGCGGAAACUGAAAGAUGGUUCGCACUCCAUUAAACCAAAACCUCUAUUCCCGGGUUGUAUUUUUUUGAGAUGUGUGUUGAACAAAGAACUGCAUGACUUCAUAAGAGAGUAUGAUGGUGUUGGAGGCUUCCUUGGUUCCAAGGUUGGGAACACAAAGAGACAGAUUAAUAAACCAAGGCCAGUAUCUGAUGAAGAUAUGGAAGCAAUCUUCAGACAGGCAAAAGAAGAACAAGAAAAAACUGACCAAGCUUUUGAGGAAGAAGAGAAAAAUGCUGUUCUAAACUCUGGAAUUCCAAUUACAGAUGCUUCAUCUACUCGAAAAAAUUAUAAACUUGUUCAAGGUUCCACUGUUCAAGUUGUAUCCGGAACAUUUUCAGGAUUUACAGGCACCCUCAAGAAGCUGAAUCGCAAAACCAAAAUGGCAACUGUGCAUUUCACUCUAUUUGGGAAAGAGAACAUUGUAGACAUAGAUGCUAGUGAAAUUGCUCCAGAGAUAAACUGAUACCUGUUGGUGCAUAAUAACAUUGUAGACAUAAUACACAUUUUUGUGCAUAACUUUAGUCAAUGGUAUUAUUAUUAUUUAUAAAAAAAAUGAUUUGAAGAGUUGUGCCGUGUAUGCUGUUACGGUCUUUUCCAUUUGUAGAUGAAGCUGGGUUUUUUAAAAUAAAAAUAAAUAUUUUC